AUGUCGGGCCCGGGGCUGGUGGCCGGCGACGUGGUGGUGGACGCGCUGCCCUACUUCGACCAGGGCUACGAGGCGCCGGGCGUCCGCGAGGCGGCCGCGGCGCUGGUGGAGGAGGAGACGCGGCGGUACCGGCCGACGAAGAACUACCUGAGCUACCUGCCGGCGCACGACUACAGCGCCUUCGAGACCGAGAUCAUGCGGAACGAGUUCGAGCGCCUGGCCGCCCGGCAGCCGCUGGAGCUGCUCAGCAUGAAGAGGUACGAGCUGCCGGCCCCCUCCUCCGGGCAGAAGAACGACAUCACGGCCUGGCAGGAGUGUGUCAACAACUCCAUGGCGCAGCUGGAGCACCAGGCCGUCCGCAUCGAGAACCUGGAGCUCAUGUCCCAGCACGGCUGCAAUGCCUGGAAGGUCUACAACGAGCACCUGGUUCAUAUGAUAGAACAAGCCCAGAAAGAACUUCAGAAGUUGAGGAAAAACAUUCAAGAUCUGAACUGGCAACGAAAGAACAUGCAGCUUACAGCUGGGGCUAAGCUACGAGAAAUGGAAUCUACAUGGGUGUCUCUUGUCAGUAAAAAUUAUGAGAUUGAACGAACUAUUGUUCAGCUAGAAAAUGAAAUUUCACAAAUCAAACAACAGCAUGGGGAAGCAAACAAGGAGAACAUCCAGCAAGACUUCUGAGGGUUUAAUCCUUACUGUUUUACUGCUGCGUAUUUUUUUAAAAAUAAGUAUUUGAAGAUGCUACGUGUUUUUAUACAUCUAAUUGCAGUUGUGUGAGGUGGGGGAAAGGUAUUUUUUUUUUAAGUGUUGUUGACCCUACUGCCUCCUAGAAUUUAAAACAAGGAAGACUCAUAAUAUCUCUUGAAGUACAUUAUCAGGACAGUUAAGUGUACUGUGAAUUAUUUCACUUAUACAUAUAGCACUGGUUCUUAGAAAUACGUGUUUCAUGUUUUUGCAUUUUCCUGUAUGCCUGAAAUAAACCUUGUUUUGCUAUU